UGGAGAAGAGGAGCCGUCGGACAGAAAGGCAUUUGAAUAUUACAGACGUCGUCACAUCAGUCGCCCACAGACACAGCAGCUAACCUGGGCUGAACGCUGUGUAGAAACAGAUGAUAACCAUCACUGUGUAAACGUCACAUCUAAAAAGAACGAGGACUGCGUUCGUCAACACGGAGGGAAGAGGAAACAAGUGCCUGUGUAGCGGAAGUGGUACUGCCCAGAACGAUACGCUGACCCUACGGAGGACGGAGGCUGCAUCGUCCAGAGAGAGACAGCGAUAAAAUCUCGACUGAACGUCGCCCUUAUUGUUAGAAAAUGGAAAAGAAUGAUCUGGUACAGAAAGCCAAGCUUGCUGAGCAGGCUGAGCGUUACGACGACAUGGCCGCCGCCAUGAAGUCGGUGACGGAGCAGGGAGGUGACCUGUCGAACGAGGACCGCAACCUUCUGUCUGUUGCCUACAAGAAUGUGGUGGGAGCACGCCGCUCAUCUUGGCGCGUCAUCUCCAGCAUCGAGCAGAAGUCCGAAGGCAACGAGAAGAAAUCUGCGAUGGCGCGUGAAUACCGGGAGAAGAUCGAGUGUGAGCUGCAGGAAAUCUGCAACGAUGUGCUGGGCCUACUGGACAACCAUCUAAUCGCUAAUGCGGUAAACCACGAAAGCAAGGUGUUCUACCUGAAAAUGAAAGGAGACUAUUACAGAUACCUGUCUGAGGUGGCAUCUGGGGACUCUAAGAAGGAUACAGUGGACAACUCCCAGCAGGCCUAUCAGCAAGCGUUUGAGAUUAGCAAGGCGGACAUGCAGCCCACACACCCCAUAAGGCUCGGUCUGGCCCUCAACUUCUCCGUCUUUUACUAUGAAAUCCUCAACAACCCUGACAAGGCCUGCAGCUUGGCUAAAACGGCAUUUGAUGAAGCCAUUGCUGAACUUGACACUUUGAAUGAAGAGUCCUACAAAGACAGCACCCUGAUCAUGCAACUACUAAGGGACAACCUGACUCUGUGGACAUCAGAAAACCAGGCAGAUGAGGCAGAGACCGGAGAUGGAGAAAACUAAAGAUAUUGCACUGUUUAUCCACCUCCACUCGUAUCUUAAACACAGACAGCUUAUAUACAUCCCUCUCCACUGCAUUGGCCCCUCCCACUUCUGUAUGACAAGCAGCCUGAAUUGCUCCUGACCAAGUAGUUUCUCACCUCUCGGUUCACUCCGAGGUGACAGGGUCAUUUUCAGUUGUUAGCAAAUUCAGCCACUCUGUGUAAACAUGUUCAGUUGAUUAGUGCGUCCAUGUUGCUGUUGUGUUUGUCGGCUACUCGUGUCAGUCUGUGUGCCGUGACUGAUUUAAGUGUGAACGAGGGGGCGAGGGAGGGAGGGGGGUGUUGUGAAUUUAAUUGCCCUUUCAAAUUUCAUUGUUCUCAAUCCGGUUUAUUGUUUACUCCCCUUCCCAUUUGUGUUACUUUUCUUAUUUGUGAUUCCUGGUGACAUUUCCAGGUCUUAUUGUACGGUAAUUGAACCUGCAGUCGAUUUCCACCAAACACUGUGAUGUAGGCGUUCCUUCUGUUUCACACCUCAAUUCAGAUUUGUGUUGAAAUUCUUCCAGACAUGCAAACAAUCCUGUAUUCAUCUAACUGCAAUUCUGCUGAGAGCUCAUACAGAACAGGGACGGCUGUAUUGUGACACUGACAUCUGGCUGUGUUGCUUCUUGUUCUAAAGUACAAAUUCAGAGUUUGAAAGUCCACCAUCCCACAAGACAUUCCACAUUAUUUGGCUUUUAAAAAGGCAGUGCUGCUUUGGUGUGUGUGUGGGGGGGGGUUGAGUGUGUGCGAGUGUGUGUGUGUAUGUGGUAAUUUUUAAGACUAAUGAGUUGUUGUUCUAGUUGUACUCACUGUUCAGGUGCUGUUUGUUUUUCCUACAGUGGAAGUUGUAUGUGCGUAAAUUUGGUUUUGGAUUUGUUUUGCAAGACUGACUAUCAUGUGUUAGUAAAACCUGAAGUAACCUUUUUAAUGAUGUUCAAUGAAAAUGUCUUUCUCAUAUACUGUUCCCAUCCUGCCUGCAAACUCCUCUUCCUCUUCCUCCUCCUCCUCCUCCUCCUCAAAGCGGUUGUUUUAUCCCCCUAAAAAAAAAAAGUUGUGCCUGGCUUUUCUCUUGCAGCCUUUGUUUCCUUUAGGUGGCAGCAGCAUCUGCUCAUGUCCUAGAAAACUAAACACAAACAAGUUAGACUAGACCAAGUCCAUACUGGUCAACGUUGAUCCAACUUUUGCUUCACUGCUACAGUUGUGGGUUUAAAAAAAAAAGAGUCAACUCUCGUAUAUAGAAAUUGGCGUUUGGAAGAAGCUCAGUGUCACAGUACCACGUAUCACCACUACAUUCCACAUAUUGUAGUUGAAGGCAUCAUUCCAUGUUAUAGCUGACAGUCUCUUUUCAAUGCUCCAAAAUUGAAGAAUCUUCUGUUUAAAAAAAAAAGGUUAUUAAAAUGAUGGCAGUUUUAUCAUUAUGCUUGAUGACAACGCAGUUAGUGAAUGUGGAACGAAGCCUGUCUGUAUAUCAGGUAUUUACUUGCUUUGUUUUUACUGACAAGUCUUAUGGCUAAAAUUCGCUUCUGUAACAGUCUAUUACCCAGUGCACACAUGUGGUUGUGAAAAUUUAGAUUAGUACUGAAAAAGCAAUGAAGAAAUGGAGAUAAACAAUGGUUGGUGUAAUUCUAGCUUUGUGUUUAUGUAUCUUUAAAACCGUUCUAGUUUAACUAUACAUGUAAGAAAUAGGAAAGUGUCAAAGACCAUUCAGUGAAAUAAAAUUUUCGUUUUAAGAUA